UUGGUUUUCUUAUUGUAUCUGUGUACGCCAUGAAAACGUCGAAAAAGUAAACAAGUAGAGGAUGUGAUUUCUUUUAUAAUUUAUUGAAUUUUAUACAAAGAAGAACUGUAAUUCGUGAUAUCGAUUCGAUACUAUGGUUCUUUGGAUAUCGCUGUCCUUGAACAAUCAAUAUGGGUGAAGAUUUUAGUACAUCCGAUUGUUCUUGGAAGAAAAUGGUAAUAGCGAAAGCGAACGACGAGUGGAUCUCUACAAUAAAAACGGAACAGAUCGAUGCACACAGAGAUAUGAAUACUUCGGAUUUUAGUAUGGACGCUAUCCAAAUGCCCUUCGGCGGCGUGAAGGAGGAGCCGAACAUGGAGCGAUCGUACCAGGAGUACGGGGACGACGGGUCAUCAACGGGGCCAGAGGACCCGCUGCUGAUCGAAGAGUCGGGUGCCGCCGGUCGGCGCAGGAGGAAGGGCUCGGGGCCACGGAGCGAAACAGACGAGGAACGGGCUGCAAGGCUGGCCAAGAUGUCGGCGUACGCCGCGCAGCGGCUCGCCAACGAGACGCCGGAGCAGCGUGCGCUGCGCCUCAAGCGCAUGUCAGAGUACGCGGCGCGACGGCUGGCGCACGAAAGCGCCGAGCAGCGCGCGCGGCGCCUGUCGCGCAUGUCGGCGUAUGCUGCACGGCGUCUUGCCAGCGAGACUCCCGAGCAGCGCCGCACGCGCCUGGCACGGAUGUCAGCCUACGCAGCGCGCCGACAGGCCCUCAAGAAAAUCUCUAACAGUGCUGCUAACUCCCAUCCCCCUAUAGAGCCCAACUUUCCGCAGUUGAACAAUGACAUGAACAACCAAAGUUGAGAGCACCUAAGCAGGAUCUGUAGUGACCACUGGAGAGUUAGCUACCAAAAAUUAUGGUGUUAUCCUUUUUAUUGUGACAGAAGGUCUAUUUGAUUGUGGGAUUUGUCCGGGUGACAUUAGGAAUUGAAUAGGAUUGUUUAUGGAAGUUUACUUUAUUCUAACUUUAUAGAAUGUGUAUUAUGCAAUAACUGAAUUUAAUAUUAUAUUAGUGUUAUUGUAAAUAAUUAUCUGCUUUUUUUAUGUAAUAGCAUAUUCUAUGUUUUUAUAGAGUAUUUAUUUAUGUAUACUGUGAGGUUUGCUAAUGUAGAGCAGCAUAGUACCCGUGAGGUCAUGAGUGUUUAUCUCGGCACAUAUUUUUACAAGUUUAAUUGAGAUUGAAAUUGUCAUGUGUACCUUUCAAAAGAUCGUAAUAAAUGCAUUUUGUAUGUUUUAGUGACAUA